CGCUUCCCCGUACAAGGCGACGGCUGUGAAAUCCUUAGUAUCCAGCUGUGGUGUGUAACUCUGGCCCUGUUUCAGUGACUGUGGACAUCAUGGUGUGGGAGGUGGUGACCCCAGCCGUGCUGUCGAGUGACCCCAAAAACCUCAAUGUCCAGGAGCACGAGUCUCAGGCUGAACACACAGGAGUGACGAUGGAUGCAGACGGAGACCAGUCACAUGACCUCCUCUGCUGUGAACACUUCCCCACCUCACCCGGCGUCCCCACCUGUGACAGCUACAUGGAUUAUGAUGAUCUGCCAGAUUUACGGGAGGUUCCGGAGGAGGCGGAGCCGGCAGCACCAACCGUUUACCAGGUGGAGAUAGGUGUGUCUCACCAGGAGACACGCGGAUUCACAGAAGCACACAGUCCACAGCCUCCUGACACACACCGGCUGACACAGCUGGCUCACAUCGCCACUGGGUCUCAGAGCCCACUACUGCAGGAGUCUUCUCACAGCAGCUCCUCUUUAGUCUACAUAUCCAACUCCAGAGGUGAUCUUCAUUCCUAUGCCCGGCCUCCUCCUCCUCCUCCUCCUCCUCUUCUCCCCAACAGCACCUUGUCACCUCCUCGAGGUCAUGGCAGGGAGCGUCGGCGCAGCAGGACGAUAAGUGAAUGUGGCUCUGCGGUGUCCACCAGAUCUUCUCUCUCUGACGAUGAAGACAUGGGCUGGAGCUUCUCCUGGCCCCCCACUGCCUGGCACUGUUUUCUCAAAGGCUCUCAUCUGCGGUUCCACGGUGGCUACAAUGUGGAGUGGCAGGAUGCUGAGGAGUUGGACUCCUAUGAUGAGGAGCAGUCCAGAUCUCUGAAGAGUUAUGGCUCUGAGGGUCUGCAGCUGGUGGAGCACUCAGAGGUCGUGCUGUCUGGUCAGGCUGUCCUACAGCUCACCUUUGACCCUGGCACAUUCGGACACACCCCCGUGACCGCCAGGUGCCAACUGGACCACCCGUUCUACGUGAAAAGCAAAGGAUGGUCGUCCUUCUACCCAAGCUUGACUGUGGUGCAUUAUGGGAUACCGUGCUAUGAAAUAGAAGUAGGGGAUAUGUGCUUGCCUCCAGGACACAGAGAUGCCAAACACACGGACGUCUCACUGGUCUUUGACGCCUUCAGGAGCCAUGACUUCACUCCUCUGGACUCCUCUGCGGUGUAUGUGUUGAGCAGUAUGGCCAGGCGGCGACGUGCCUCCCAGUCCAGCGGAGGAGCCGCUUCUCCGGACAGGGACACGUCACGAGAUGCCAAACAAAAGCCAAACAAGAGUCAGUCCGUCAGUGCACAGGAGGGAGGCAACACCGCCGCCGCCACGGCAGUUAAGUGCAAGCGGCCCAUGAACGCCUUCAUGCUGUUUGCCAAGAAGUUCAGGGUGGAGUACACACAGAGAUAUCCUGGCAAAGACAACAGAGCCAUCAGCGUGCUCCUCGGUGAGCACUGGAAGAAAAUGCGAAGUGAGGAGCGGCGGGUGUUCACCCUAGAGGCCAAAGCUCUCGCAGACGAACAGAAAAGACUCAACCCAGACUGCUGGAAACGCAAACGAACCAACUCUGGUUGUCAGGGAAAUUAAGUCUUCAGAGAUGAAAAGAGGACACACAUUUAAAAACAGACAGAGAGGAGAGAGGCGUUGUGUAUUUCGCUGUCGGGCCCACCUUGAUCUCUCCUGAGUUAAGAUCGUCUUUUUAAGAAUUCUCACGCAAAGUUGACACUUUCACUUUUAAAAAUGUACCGAUUCCUCACUGUGAACAUGCCAAGGUCAUCAAAUUACGACGCAGGUCGUGAGGCUUCUAGUCACGACUGGAACUCCACGAUUGACUUUUACAGCACAUACAUUGACAUUUGGAAAAAGAAAAACAAGAGUGAUCGUUUUCUGCAGGUGGAAGUUCGGGUGCUGUAGUAUUUUAUGUAGAGAAUCUAGCUAUUUUCCCCAAAUUAUAUUUUAUACAUUAUUAAUAUAACAGCAAUAUGUUUUACUGCCGAUAUUACUUGUAUUUGCACUUGGUGUAUUACACUUCAUAUUUAAACUUCACUAUAAAUCCUUGAAUAGGGAGCAAAGGUUUGAUAUCAUUUACCUGGCCUUUUAAUUUAACUUAUUAUUUAUAAUAAUAAUAAUUAUAAUAAUAAUAUUAUUAAAUAAUUCAUGUUCCCUUGAUGCGUUUUACCUUUUAACCAACAUUUAAAAACAUUUUCAGCAGUGUUUGAUCUAGAAUCCCUUUAGUUGCCUACUGUAUAAGGCUUUUAUUUUGAAGGUGUAGCUGGCAGAAUGAUAUUGGAAUGAUGAAUGAUGUGCCAAUAAUAGCAUUUUCCCUGGUUUAGAAGUGUAGGGGCCUUUUAUUUAACUAGCAUGCAUUAUAGCAGGGACAGGGGCGACUUUGAAUGGGCCUUUUUUGAAAUCAUUCAUUUCAUUUACACCUGUGCUUUUCCUAUUGUGACCUGUCAAAAUGGCCGGCAUGGUCAGAAAAGCUGGAUCCCCAGUACAUACAACACAAAGAGAUACAUAAUAUGUUAAUAACAUGUUAGUACUGUUGAUCCUCACACGUCUGUGUGCCAUAAUAAGAACAAUUCCAUAUGUUCUGUCAAAGUAUAAUCCAACCCACAUAAAUGCAAGUGAGAAGUUAUGAGGGUUCUUGUUACUCGCAGCUUUAAUUCACGAGUUUAAAGUCACCACAGUGCGUAACCAUGGUGAACUGUCCACUGUUUUUAAACUUAAUGUGUUCUUAUUUAUUUAUAGUGGGUUUGCGUGGGGAUUUCAAACUAAAAAGUAAACUAUAUAUGUAUAUGUGUAUAUAUAUAUAUACACACACACACACACAUAUAUGUAUAAUAUAGGCAACACUUAUGUUUUUGUCUGAUCUGGGUCACAAAGAGCCCUUCAAAUUAAAUGACUAUACAUGAAGAAAGCUCUGGUGAUUUUUAUUCAAGUAGCGUGACCACAAAGCAAGACCCUGGGCAAAGAAAGCCAACUAUAUAAGUACAAAUAUUAUCUUUGAUUUCAUUGUGGACUUUAUUACCUCAGAUAUUUAAUUAACGCUCCUAAAGCUAUAGGUGAUGGGAGGCUAUAGAAACAUGGUGUGUUUAGGUGAAAGUGCUUCAGUUAGUGAGAUGUUUCUGUGCAGAAAGUGAGGAAAGUUUUUAGUUUUGCUGCUUAAACAUUUUUUGCAAGAACAGCUUAAAUGAAAUAGACAUGAAAAUAUUUCCAGGAUGGGCAGUCAUACUCUCACUGCACAACGAGGUCUAUUCUUAAUGCACUAUAUACACUUUAUCUUAUGUGACUGCUACAGUAUCAUGUGUUACUAUGACAAAUAUUAACAUGACUAUAUAGAGAAAUGCAUAUAUUUUUGGUGUUGACUUAAUCUUUGGAUGUGCAUUGAUUAUUUGACUCUUUUUUUUUUAUUAUUUGUCUUUGCUAUCAAGCCAUGUACAGGUCCAUCAGGGGAGACAAUGCAAUACACAUGUAUUAUAGUAUAAAUAAAAGCAUGUUCAAUCUAUGAA